AUGGCAUCAGUAAAUUUCACGGAGGGUCAUAUUAAGCCCCCCACUGCUAUUCACGAUGUGGAUCAACUCCUCCCGAAUAUCGUUGAUGGCAUGGCCGCCGCGAGAUCGCAUGCCGUAUAUGCCCAGAUUCCCAACUCGUUCACAUCGUACGCGGCAGGAUUUCGCAAGGUCACAUACCGACAUCUGGCGAAUGCUGUGAACGGAAUUGCAUGGCUGUUGUCGAAAGAACUAGGCCAGGGAAAGAAUACCGAGACGCUGGCAUAUAUUGGGCCCAACGAUAUCGGAUAUGUCGUUGCGAUUCUGGGGGCAGCGAAGGCCGGAUACGCGAUCCUCGUUCCUUCUCCUCGUCUGGUGCAAGCAGAUUGCGUCAAGCUCCUCGAUACAGCCUCGUGCAAGACGCUCUUGACAUUGCAGCCACCGCACGGCCCAUUAGUACAGAACCUGUUGAAAUCGGGCGAUGACCUUCCUGUCAUCAGCAUCCCAACCAUUUACGAGCUGUUGGGUCAACAACAAGAGCAUUACCCCUAUCCUCAUCGAUACCAAGAUCUCAAAGAUCGGCCACUCUGCAUGGUCCAUACCUCAGGCACAACAGGCGCGCCAAAACCUCUGAUAUGGACGCACAAAACCGCUGCUGCCUUCAUUCGAGAACUUCGUGCUCCGCCUCCUGAAAACUACUCCAACGCCAUCGCCGAGAUCCAAUCCAAUACCAUGUUCGCACUCUUCCCCUUCUUUCACUCCGGAGGCAUAAUGAUAGCCCUCAUAGACGCCAUCGCUUCCCAAACAACAGUGGUUUGCCCCCUCGCCGGAGUCCCUCCGUCCACGCCGACAAUCAUCGAAGGUCUACAACAACUCGACAUGGACGUUUUCUGCGCUCCUGCACCUUUCCUAGAAGAGAUCGCGAAAAAGCCAGAAUGGAUCUCCGCCGUAACCUCUCGAGCUUCCGCUGUCGUUUUCAGCGGCGCAGAUGUGAGUUAUGCGACCGGUCGAGCAUUCACGAAAGCUGGCGUGCGGAUUCAAAACCUCUACGGCAGCUCAGAAGGCCUAACGAUGCCCGCAAUCCGUGCGCGGAAAGACUCAUACGAAGACGCAUGGCAGUACAUCCAACCACACGCCUACGCAAACAUAACUUUCCAGAAGCAGAAAGGCAGCGACGAAGAAAUGUUCGAGCUCGUCUGGAUCAAAAACGACGAACCAGAGGAAAUCCAACCAAUCUUCACAGUCUACCCCCAUCUCGAGGAAUUUCACCCGAGAGAUCUCUUCAGUCCACACCCGCACGACCAGCACCUCUGGCGGUUUCGCGGAAGAUCUGACGAUCUCAUUGCUACGUUGACGGGGGAGUUGUGUAAUCCGAUAGCAUUCGAGCAGGAGCUAUCUACGCUGCCAGAGGUCAAUGCGGUGUUGCUCUCUGGGACAGGGAGAUGGCAGAAAGUGCUGCUAGUGGAGCCUGCGGACGCAAAAAUCGGGGACUUGAUCGAGAGGAUCUGGCCGAGUAUAGAGCGAGCGAACGAGAAGUUGUCGAAAACUUCAAGGCUGGCGAAGACGCACGUGUUGGUAACUUCGCCAGAUCGGCCAAUGCUGAGGUCUCGGAAGGGGACAGUUCAACGGGCGCCGACUCUGAGGUUGUAUGAGCAGGAGAUCGAUGACUUGUACCGUAUAGAGGGAGAUGGCGAUCAUAUCCGCCACGAGCCGAUUCCAGUACAUUUGGAUAUGGCGGGUCGUGAACGUGAGGAGCUGUAG